GCUGAGUUGAAGACCCUGAUUGAUAUCGCCUCCACCCCCUUCGACUUCGCCAAAGAGCUCAUCCGACACAACCUGGUGGUGUUUCGAGGAGGGGAGGGGGCUCUGCAGGUCCUGCCCCCCCUGAUUGAUGUCAUUCCUGAAGCCAGACUGAACCUCGUAAUCUAUUACCUGAGACAAGAUGACGUGCAGGAAGCCUACAAUCUCAUCAAAGACAUGGAGCCUUCCACCCCACAGGAGUACAUUCUGAAGGGAGUGGUGAAUGCAGCAUUAGGGCAGGAGAUGGGGUCGAGGGAUCAUCUCAAGAUCGCUCAGCAGUUCUUCCAGCUCGUGGGCGGCUCAGCCAGCGAGUGCGACACUAUUCCUGGAAGGCAGUGCAUGGCUUCGUGCUUCUUCCUGCUCAAGCAGUUUGAAGACGUCCUCAUCUACCUGAACUCUGUCAAGAGUUAUUUCUAUAAUGACGACAUGUUCAACUUUAACUACGCCCAGGCCAAGGCAGCCGUGGGCAACUACAAGGAGGCAGAGGAGGUGUUUCUGCUGAUUCAGAGUGAGAAGAUCCGGUCUGACUACACCUACCUGAGCUGGCUGUGCCGUUGCUACAUCAUGAAUAAGAAACCUCGCCAGGCCUGGGAGCUGUACCUGAAGAUGGAGACGUCGGCCGAGUCCUUCAGUCUGCUGCAGCUCAUCGCAAACGAGUGCUACAAGAUGGGUCAGUUCUAUUACUCUGCGAAGGCCUUCGAUGUUCUGGAGAGGCUCGACCCGAACCCGGAGUUCUGGGAGGGGAAGCGGGGAGCCUGCGUGGGGAUCUUCCAGAUGAUACUGGCUGGGAAAGAGCCCAGGGAGACUCUUCGGGAGGUGCUGCCUCUGCUCCGGAACACAGGGAACCCGCAGGUCGAGUACAUCAUCCGAAUACUGAAGAAAUGGGGCAAAGAGAACCGGGUCGCUGUGUGAGGAGCACAAGACUGACCCGCCCACACUACAGAACUGAACCCGAUCAAACCCUCCAGAACCCUGUACUAGAACAGAACGGACCAGCAGAACCAUCAAAACCAGAACCACACUGAGACUCAGAUACACCCACUACAAAACUGAACCCGAUCAAACCCUCCAGAACCCUUUACUAGAACAGAACGGACCAGCUGACUCCAGCAGAACCAGCUCGCUCAGGACUGCCCAGGAUUCUGUGUUCAGACUGGACUCAGACGUCUUUCUGUUCCUCUCUCACUUGAGCUGGUUUUCAUCUCUGAUUAUUUGUGCUUCUAAUCUAAUUCCUGUGUUUAAAUACAAAGUCAUAUUUUUAGCA